AAACCAAAUUGGAUAAGGAAUUGCAGGACAAGCCAUUAAAAGCCUCGAACCCCUCUAACUCAAGGUUUUUGUCGAGAUGUCUCGAAUUGAAAACAAAAGACGCAAACUUCGACCUGUGAUGAAAUUAGCUAGCGACAUUAUUUGGGAAAUUCUUAGGCGUUUACCUGCCGCGGAUCUCGUUCGAUUCAAAUCCGUGAGCAAGGCAUGGUAUUCCAUUAUCACUCAUCCACAAUUUCUGAGAGACCAUCUAAACUAUGUUUCCACCGCAGAGAAUGAAUUCAGGAUCCUCGUUACGCACCAAAACAGAUUUCAUUCCAUCUUCUAUCACGAAGAGGAUAACGCCCAGAAAAAAGUUCCUGUCUUGCCUCCUCAGAUGGUGAUUCCUGAAUUUACUUUUGUUCAUGGUUCUUGUGAUGGUCUGUUGUUGUUUCUAGCCCAACGCCGGAGAUCCCUCGAGGAAAAUCGUAUCGUCAUAUGUAAUCCUUGUACUAAAAAGCUCAUUAAAAUGCCUAUAACUCGCCCUGUUCUACAUUUUCCUGAUUGCUAUGGGCCACGAGAAGAUCUAUUUGGUCUUGGCUAUGAUCCUCACACCGAUGACUACAAAGUUCUCAGAUUCCCUUCUGCCUUGAAGGCGAGGGAGAAUAUGACUUUUGAUAAAAAGAAUGGAUUCAACUGUUUGGUUGAAGCCUACUCUUUGAAGACCAAAUCCUGGAAGAUCAUCCAAGAUGGAGGCUUUAUGUACCUCAUUAAGCGCUUGGCGCCUGCUACAGUCAACCGACGUCCCCACUGGAUAGCCACCCAUAUUACUAAUCCUGAUUCAUCGCAAUGUGUGAUUUUCUAUUUUGAUGCAGGAAAGGAUAAUUUUGGGGAUAUGAUGCUGCCUCCGUCUGUUCAAGAGAAUGUGAGUGUUCACAAUUAUAGAGGAUUUCUUGGUUUGGCCGAGUUUUCCAUUCAGGGAGAGUUCAUCUUGUGGUCUAUGAAAGAAUAUGGAAAACCUGAUUCUUGGGUCAAACUCUUGACUAUCCCUAAUGUACCUGCACCCAAGCGUUGUAUUUGGCAUCGCGCGCCGGCGCCAGUGUUCAUUACCGAGACCGGAAAAGUGCUAUUUAGGACCGCAGAAGGACAACUAGGCGUGUAUGAUGGAAAAGAUGGUAAAUUCAUCGAACCUUUAAUUCAAGGCCAUAGUGGCGGCUUUCUACGUGGCACUCCCUACGUUGAGAGCCUCGUUUCACCAAGUGGUGGCAAUUUGAAAUGGUAAUCACUCGACAGACAGACACCUUAUUACCUGCAUUCCAACAUCAAGAAUGAGAUUCAAUUCGAAUGGCAAUGGGAUUUGCAUAUUGUGCUUUUUGUUACUGAGAACAUGUAUUGUUGCCUUUUAUUUAUAUUUUAGGAUUCUCUCUA